AUGGCUCCGUACAACGUUGCCUGUGUGGUUCCGAAUGCUCCGCGUUGCCGUCUCGAGUCUCCCGAUACCGACUUCGUCAUUGCGCAGGCCGGCUGCUUAGUCAUCAGCUUCUCGUACCCCAGCCAGCCAGCCUCUCCCUGCGUCUGCUACGCGCGCAGAUGCAAAGCGCCUGCCAUGGAGUCGCCUGGCACCGCAGACGGCAGUGCCGCUGGUCGUGAGGGUGAGGUGGAGCAGAGGGAGUCGGGUGCACAGGUCUUGUCGUCUCCUACCGAAGCUGGCCCUUCCGACUAUCGGGCGCAAGACGAUAACGAACGGACUCACGACGGCAACGACGAUGAUGACGGCGAAGAUGGCGAGGAAAGUGACGAGGAUGAGGAGGAUGAGGAGGAUGAGGAUGAAGAGGAGGAAGACGAGGAGCCUCGUUUGAAAUACGCUUACCUAACCAGGCACCUGUCCUCGUUAUAUCGCAACGGAGAUGCAACAAGCGCGUUUCUGGCUGGAGGAGAUAAAAUGAUAGUUGGAACCCAUAAUGGCAACGUCCAUGUACUAUCGUUACCUCAUUUCAGGCCUCUCCGCGCUUACCGUGCGCAUUCUGCGAGCGUCACUUCGGUGUCCAUAUCACCAUUCCCACCUCCGUUACCUACCGUCCGACCAAAUGACUCGAACAGGAUCCUUGAAGAAGAAGAAAGCAUUCAUGUGAAGUCCCCCUCUGGGUCUCUACGCGGGGGCAAAUCUAAAGGCCCUCAGCAGCCUGUUCUGCCUGCAACGCCAUCCAACUCAAUCUAUAUUGCAACUUCGUCUAUUGACGGCAACGUGUGUGUCGCUUCUCUAGUUGACCCAAAGGAUAUCCUCCUCAGGAAUUUCGGCAGGCCCGUUCAGGCUGUUGCGUUGUCUCCAGAGUACAAAAGCGACAGGACAUAUCUGUCCGGAGGCAGAGCUGGACAGUUGAUACUGACCGUUGGUGGACGGAUAGGGGCAAGCACAAACUCUACAACUUUGGGCGGUGCUGCCGCAGCGGCUUCAGGAUGGCUGGGUUCGAUUGGUCUUGGGACAAAUACCGGAAAGGAUACCGUAUUGCAUAGCGGAGAGGGAGCUAUUAACACUAUUAAGUGGUCGCUGUCGGGGAAAUACGUCGCUUGGGUCAAUGAAGAGGGCAUCAAGAUCAUGCGUUCUCAUCUGCACUUAGAGUCAUCUGAAUCAGAGCAUGCGUGGACUCGUAUCAACCACAUCGACCGACCAAAUCGUCCGGGAUGGGAGGAAAUGGCUGGCGUCUGGAAAGCUCACUUGGAGUGGGUCGACGAGAGUUCCUUGGAAAGCGACGAAAACGCGGGAUCACAGCCCGGAUCUGCUCACCAGGGUGACUCGGGCACCUCCAGCAUCUUAAAGGCAAACCAAAAAGUCGAAAAACUUGUCGUGGGCUGGGGUGGUACUAUCUGGGUCAUCAAUGUAUUCCCCGACAGAGUGACGCCUUCUGCAAGCCGCAUCGGCGAAAAGAGACUGGGCGCAGCGGAAGUUGCUACGAUUCUACGCACAGAUUGUAUCAUUUCCGGAGUCUCGAUGCAUACCCGCAAUCUACUUCUCGUACUCGCAUACAUAGAGGCAGAGGAAGAUGAGUCUGAACAGCAGGGCAGUCCUCGACCGCGAAGCAGUCACAGGCAGAGGGCUGCCGAGCCUGAAUUGCGUCUGAUUGACAUUGAAACGAAGGAAGAAAUCAGCGCCGACACACUCUCUGUCAGCCGGUAUGAGAACCUUUCCUCGUCAGAUUAUCACAUGUGCAGGCUACCAGCGCCAAAGAUCUCCGUUGAGCCUGUUCAGCGAGGAGCAUUAGGGGUUUUGGGAAAUGGUCUCUGGGAUGCGACCAUGUACCCUGCACGGUUAUUCAGUUCCAGUGCAAGCAUUCGGAGCAACGCAAGCAGUGGCGAUAAGGGUUCUGGCAGGGCCCCGAGCUCGUUCAUCUCCAACCCAGUUUCCAGCGGACAAGGUCUGCCCCCAGAGAUAUUGGCCGUUUCUGGAGCCAAAGGCCCCAAGAUCUUCAUACACAGUCCCUACGAUUGUGUGGUUGCUGUUCAGAGGGACCUCGCAGAUCGAUUGUCGUGGCUCGAGUCACAUGCAAGAUAUGAGGAAGCCUGGCACCUCAUUGACGAGCAUCCUGAGGCCGCAAACCCGGCCACGGAUCGAACUGACAGCGUUGUCGAGUCUUCCACAAGAUCCCGAAGUAGUCUUGCCGAUUUCUUUGCCGAUGACACUUCGUCGGUCAUAACGGUGGGUCGAGCGUCUAAUACAAUCCCGGAGAAAGAGAAGCGACGUAUUGGCGAACUCUGGCUUGAGCAGCUUGUUAGCGAGAACCAGUGGGAGAAAGCUGGGGAGGUGUGCGGGAAAGUCCUGGAUACCGUUACUAGAUGGGAGCAUUGGAUAUGGACAUUCGUCAAGAACGGCAAAUUCGACGAGAUUACUCCAUAUGUCCCCGUCGAGCUACAUCCACCUCUCCCGUCACUGGUGUACGAGGUGAUUCUCGGCCAUUAUGUCGCUCGCGACCGAUCAAGGUUCAAGGAACUGUUGGACCAGUGGUCGCCUGAUCUUUUCGACACUGGCAGUGUCACGGCAGCAAUCGAAAACCAACUGAAAUCCGAGACCAUCGUCCGUGAUUCCGAAGAUUGGCAGAUUUUGAUGGAAAGUCUCGCCAAGCUGUUUUCGGCCGAUGGGCGCCACCGUGAAGCUCUUCGCUGCUAUAUUCGCUUACAGGAUGCCGAAGCUGCUCUCAGCAUUAUCCGAGAUUAUCGACUAGUCGAUGCAGUAUCUGACGACAUUUUUGGGUUUAUUCUCCUCCGUGUCUCCAAACAACAAAUCGAGUCGGCUCCUCUCUCGGAGCUGGAGGAAGCCACAGCGGAACCCAUCAAGAUCCUUGUUAGGGAGGCGUACAAUGGUAUCGUCCGACCAGAGACGGUUGUAUCUCAGUUGCAAGACGAGGAUCGACGUCCCUACCUCUAUUUCUACCUCCGUGCCCUCUGGCACGGGGAAGCCCACCCGUCCGGAACAGAUAAACCUCACCCCCGGGGUCGGGGUCGCCGCGCGAGGGAUGCUGCAGAAAAGCUUGCGGCAGAUGAAGGUAAAACACUCGUAGAGCCUUUUGCGGACACUGCGUUAGAGCUUUUCGCCGCCUAUGACCGGUCUCUGCUCAUGGAAUUCUUGCAGUCCAGUACUGCCUAUUCGUUCGAUGCCGCUUGCACCAUUUGUGAGACACGGCACUAUACCCAAGAACUCAUCUAUCUUCUCUCCAAGACAGGCCAGACGAAGCGAGCGUUGAAUUUGAUCUUGUCCGAUCUGCAGGAUGUGUCGCAAGCGAUCUCGUUCGCCAAGUCACAGGAUGACCCCGAUCUCUGGGAGGAUCUGCUCAAUUAUUCGAUGAACAAGCCCUCGUUCAUCCAUGCGCUGCUCACCGAAGCCGGAACGUCCAUUGACCCUAUCAAGCUGGUUCGACGGAUCCCGAGCGGGUUGGAGAUUGAAGGGUUGAGAGAGGGCCUGACUCGUAUGAUCCGAGAUCACGACAUCCAGGCUAGCAUCAGCCAAGGAGCAGCCAAAGUUCUGCAGAGUGAGGUGGCAGUUGCCAUGGACACUUUACGACGGGGGCAGCGGCGCGGGAUCAAGUUCGACGUCAUCAAACCGCAGGAUGGGCAGUCGCAAGGAGCAGCAAUCCCUGUGGUUGCUGAAGUCGGCCAGAAGGAGGCUGGUGGGGAUCAUGUUGACAGUGAUGGAAGUCCCGAUAGCAAAAACGCCGCGGCGGCCAAGUCUCGUCGUACCGUCGAGCCGGGUCGAUGCGGAGGCUGCUAUGAGGCUUUCCAUGAAAACGAAAAGGAAAUCCUCGUCGGAUUCGCCUGCGGCCACGUCUUCCAUCUCUCCCAUCUCCAGGGGCCCACGCAACCAACCGGUGAAACACCACCAGCAGCAGAUGAUAUCACCGAGCGACUUCCUUCGCCCUCACCAUCACCGUCCAAACCCGCCACGGCAGACGCAGACCCAGAGGCGGAUGAACCCGGAUACUUCACGACGUCGCGGACGGUCGGACCCAAGGUGACAACGGCUCGACUGAUACGGGACCGGAUCGGCGAAGGAUGCCGAAUCUGCGCGCUGGGAAGACAAGUCGAGAAGGCUGCUGCUCCGGAUAGUGAGCAGGUUAAAUCACCAUGA